CGUAUCUUUUUUUCUACCGGCGUUUCUAACCCGUUGUGUCAUCGUGUAAAACGGUGUUCAUCAUUCUCCGAGAGAGAGCAGUAGCGGGAACCGGAUAACGCACGGUCCCGGAAUCGUCUUAAACGACCAAUCACGUACAAGCUCUCGGCUGUCUCCUCCGUUUAGUUAGUAAAAGUGCUCGUGCGUCUUCGAUACGUGGAGGGAUUUCUUCGUUGGUUAGAGAAAGAGGAGAAGUGAAGGCAGCGUGCGAGAAAGAAGGACGAAGUGGUGGAAAGAGCAAGGGGAGGAGGACACUACGGUAGUAGAAAGCCGAGGAGCAAGGAGGCAAGGAGGAAAGUACAAAACUGCUCCACCCGCGCGAGUUUCCACGGUGGUUGUUGAGAGAACGAGACGAACGAGACACUUCUUUGAAAGGAAGUUGCAAACGUUAUUGCGUGGAUUGUUUUUUACUUAUUUCGGUUUUUUAUUUUUAUUUGUCACAUCGUCUCGCGAGAUCUUUAAUAAUCGUUACAUCAUAUUACGCGUAAUCGUGUGUUAUUAUCGAGAAAAAGAGUGAAAUAAAUAUCGUGUUCAACGAAGACACGAGAAGCGUACCGUAGAAAGAAAAAGAGGGAGAAACGCGCGAAAGAAUACGAAAUUAAGGAAAUAAGAGAGGACGCUAUUGUACGGACAACCGAAAAAGAAUUUGUAUCGGUCUUUGUCACGUACACAUCGUCGUGUGUCCUAUUUUCAUCCUUUUUUUUUUACACUCCUCUCUUUCAUUCGUGCUCGUUCGGUCGCACGAAGAAAUCAGCCAGUGUUUAGUGCCAGUGUUUGUCUACCUCAGUCGAUUAGCGGCAGCUAACGGCGAAAAGCUGCAUUAAAAGAUAUUUAGAAGAAAAGAAAUAUAUAUAUAUCUAUAUAUACAUAUAUAAUAUAUAAUAUAUAUUAUAUUGAACAGUGCUAAAAACCACGUCGAGUAUUGUUGUAAAUAAUUCAUCAGUUUUUGUGUGAAAUUUACAACGAACGUUAAGAAAAAAAAAUCAUGUCCCUGGAUAAGUUUGCGGAAGGUGGCAUGUUACAAAAAGAAAUGGAGCGAUUGGAAAUCGAGGAGAAAAACGGCGAUGCGACAAGUACUUCAUCCUCAAAGGUAAUCGUGAACAACUUCCCAGCUCAGGCCAGAAUAGAAGAUAUCGAAGCUUUAUUUUCGAACUGUGGACAAGUGCAGUCCGUUGAAAAGUUAUCCUCCCGAGACCCCAACACCCAAACCGUCCUAAUCAGUUAUGAGACGCAGGAACAAGCACAACAGGCUGUGAACCAAUUUAAUGGCCACGAAUACGAAGGUAGCCCACUAAAAGUGGAAAUGUCUACGGUGGAGAACCGACGAAGAGGCCGCAGCCAGCGAAGCGGCGUAGCUUAUUCCGGAGUUUCGGGUUCUGGGCGGCAAGCAGAUUUCCCGCUUCGUAUUCUCGUUCAAUCGGAAAUGGUAGGAGCCAUAAUUGGUCGUCAAGGAUCGACCAUACGUCAGAUCACUCAGAUGACGCGCGCACGAGUAGACGUUCAUCGAAAGGACAGUCUUGGCGCGGCAGAGAAAGCCAUCACUAUCUAUGGUAAUCCAGAGAAUUGUACGAACGCCUGCAAGAAAAUCAUGGAAGUCACGCAGCAAGAGGCUUACGGUUUGAGUAAAGGUGAGAUAUCAUUAAGGAUCCUCGCGCACAACAAUUUGAUCGGUCGAAUCAUCGGAAAGGGUGGCACUACCAUUAAAAAGAUCAUGCAAGACACCGACACCAAAAUAACCGUAAGCAGUAUCAACGAUAUCAACAAUUUCAAUCUUGAACGCAUCAUCACGGUCAAAGGCAGCAUCGAUAACAUGAGCAAAGCCGAAUCGAUGAUCUCCAACAAAUUGCGUCAAAGUUACGAGAACGACUUGCAGGCAAUGGCUCCCCAGAGUUUGAUGUUCCCGGGACUCCAUCCUAUGGCGAUGAUGUCCACUGCUGGGAUGGGAUACAGUUCACGUGGUCCUGGUUUAUACGGUUCUGGCCCAGCUCCCUAUCCGUAUCAGGCUAGUUUGCCGACUCAACAGGGUAUUCCGAUAGGCGAUACCCAAGAAACUGCUUUCCUUUAUAUUCCAAAUACCAGCGUAGGUGCCAUAAUAGGAAGCAAGGGUUCUCAUAUCAGAAACAUUAUCAGAUUCUCCGGCGCCAGUGUGAAAAUCGCACCUAUCGAGCAGGAUAAACCUGUGGAUCAACAAAAUGACAGGAAAGUAACCAUCGUCGGGUCUCCCGAAUCUCAGUGGAAGGCUCAAUACUUAAUAUUCGAGAAAAUGCGCGAGGAAGGAUUCGUAGCCGGGACGGAGGACGUCCGAUUAACAAUCGAAAUUCUCGUGCCGAGUACUCAAGUUGGCCGAAUCAUUGGCAAGGGUGGACAAAAUGUUAGAGAAUUGCAACGUGUAACUGGAAGUAUCAUAAAGCUAUCGGAGCAACAAUCUACAUCUCCUUCUGCCGACGAAGAGGCCACCGUCCAAAUAAUUGGCCCCUUCUUCUCUGUUCAGUCGGCACAGAGAAGAAUUCGCGCCAUGGUUCUACAAUCCUCUGGUGCACCUGGAGCAGGUGUUGCUGGCUCACGCGCUGGUCGUGGUAGCAGCCAAGAAGCUUCACGUUCUCGAAGAGACGGCAGUGCCACAUCUCAACAAGGCGGUACAACGACGCAACAACAUCCAACUCAGCAACAGUCGAGCACUUCGCCCUCCAGCCAACAACAGCCACAAAAUCAGUAACAUCACUGAAACUUACCUGACGCCGACCAAAACGCCUCUCGGAAUCCGUUUUAAUCGCCGGGGUGGCCUCGUCGCUUUGACAUUCUCUCGUCAAGAGAAGGCUACGUGCGACCUCCUUCUCGCGGGCUAUGUAUCCUUCGAUGUGCAUAACACGGGGGGCACAUCACGAAAACUAUUAGUUCAAAAUGUCAUACAAUAUAUAUACACACGCAAUAGGAUUCGAUAAUCUUCAAAAUCGUAUAAGUUUGAUUCAGAACGGUAAGAGGGGAUACGAUCGAUGGCGCGUUUCUUUUCUUGUUUUUGGUUUUUUUUUUUUUUUUUUUUUUUUUUUCUCCUUUUUUUCUUUUUAUUUAAGUUUGGUGGAUACGCGAGUUCAUAUAUCGUAAGUCUUUUGUCGCUAUUUUUCGAGAAUGUACGAAACAUAGAGCGUCGUUUUUUUUUUUUAGAUAGAUUUUUGUAACAGAAUACGCUAUAAAUUAUUGACUUAUUGCCAUUGAUCGUGACACUCGGCUUACAUCGCUAUUAAUAAAGAGUCGAACGGCUCGGGAUACACAGCUCUGAGGUAAAAGCGAUGCAGGGUACCGCGUUGAAUCAGACGGAAGUGCACGUCAGCUAAUCGAAACCGCAUCACGCGAGACGAGGUGAGACGAAAAAUUCCUGCCUAUUCGAAGCAGGAAUUAAAUUAUAAUCAAUUCUUCCGUCGAAAAGAUACACAGGCCGUUCGCUCACUUCUUUCUACGCGAAUUGCGACAUGUUUCGUUGCGAGUUCGCUUUUAUCAAGAGAUAAAGCGACGGGUGAUACUCAAACGAAGCGAUUUCGCAGCAUUAACGAAACCACCUCGUCGAUGAAAUAGGAUACGACGAUAAGAAAAAAAAAAAAAAAAAAAAAAUAAGCAUACACAACCUUAUUACCUCAUUCAUUACGGUUAAAGAUUUAAUAUGAUAAUGAAAAGUGAAACGAGAGAAAGGAUAAAAAUCAACUAAUCUUUAAAAAAAAAAAAAGAAGUCUACCUAAUAUUAAAGUUAUAAUAAUAUACAGAGAAGUUAAGUAACGAUUACACAAUUACGUUAUACAUGUUACUACAACUAUUAUUAUUACUACUACUAUUACUACUAUUACUACUACCACUACUACUACCACUACUACUACUACUAUUACUACUACUAUUACUACUAUUACUAUUACUAUUACUACUACUACUACUACUACCACUACUACUGCUAUUAACUACUACUUCUACUACGUAUUCUAUACAGGAAAGCGAUUUUUUUUAAAGGAAAGAAAAUAAUUACUCUAGGUACAGUUUUUUUUAUACCACAACGCAGAGAGACAUUAAUUAACGAGACUUAAUUAUUGAAAAAAAAAAAAAAAAUGUGAACGAAACGUGACACGUUCUAUAGUUAGACAUAAGCCGGCAAGUUUUCAUGGCAGACGCCCUCAUCCCCGGCCCCUCUCGUGCCUGUAAUACCAAAGAAGCGAUUAUGAGUUUUUGCGUAUUAGUGAAGUGAAAAUGCGUGACACACACACACACAUAUGGUCGUGUCGAACGCUCAACUCGCCUCAAGUUCCUUGCAAGAGCCAAGAAGAGCGAGAGGGGUCAACAGACUCGACAGAGACAGAGAUUCGCGUCUGCGGGGAAUCGACGAGUGGUUAUUGACGGCAAUUGGAAGGACACUGACGAAAAGUGGCAUCCUUCGUCAUCGAGUCGCUUUU